CGCUUCUAAAAUACGUGUCAGGGAGGGGAUGGCAUGGGCGUAAUUCUGUGUGGCUUUUUGGUUCCUAGGUUCCAGCAUGUCGGAGCAAAGCGAGGUGACCGGUCUGAGCGAUGAAGAAGCCUAUAGCGCCUGUGCCGACCCCGAUCCCAGAACGAAGGACUUUAUUAUGCAGCAGACAAUGCUAAGAGUAAAAGAUCCUAAAAAAUCACUGGAUUUUUAUACUAGAAUUCUUGGGAUGACUUUACUACAAAAGUAUGACUUCCCUUCUAUGAAGUUCUCCCUCUAUUUUUUGGCUUAUGAAGAUAAAAAUGAUAUUCCAAAAGAUAAUAAUGAGAGGAUAGCAUGGACCUUUUCUAGGAAGGCCACAGUAGAACUGACACACAACUGGGGCACUGAAAAUGAUGAGAAUCAGGCUUAUCACAAUGGCAAUUCAGACCCCAGAGGAUUUGGUCACAUUGGAAUUGCUGUUCCUGAUGUAAGCAAAGCUUGUAAAAGAUUUGAAGAACUGGGGGUAAAAUUUGUGAAAAAACCAGAUGAUGGUAAAAUGAAAGGCCUGGCUUUUAUUCAGGAUCCUGAUGGCUACUGGAUUGAAAUCCUGAACCCUAAUCAUAUGGUGACUUUAAUCUAGAUUAGAAAUAACAACAAGAAACCAUGUAACCUUUUUAAGGGAAAACAAUUGAUGUAGUCAGGAAAAGAGAGUAGCUGAUCCUGUAUUCUGUUUCUCCUUUCCCUACUUAAUUUAUGAAUUUGUUGUGAACUUGAACACUUUUAGUGUAAUACAACAGAAGAAUCAUACAGAUUGGAGGUUAGGGAGUGAGCAGCAGUGUACUAAUGGACUCAAAUUCCUCUCUUUUCCUUUUGUGUACAAGAAGAAAUGGGAAGCUUAAUUUUGGCUCUUGCAUGCAAUUUCCUAUUCAAUCUGAAGACAGAAUAUUCUAAUAUUUUUCUUUUGGGGCAUGUAAACCUGUGGUUUACUAUGGGUCAUUCUAAAAACCAAUAUUGUUAAGAUCUUUAUCAAGGUUUGAGUUUCCAAAUCUACAAUAGAAAAAGCAGAGCUUUCAGCUUUUUGUUUUUUAGAAAUUUACUUGUUUCUACUAAGCAGGGAUAUCUUGGGGUAGAAUAAACCUUCAUAACUGAUUUUUUAAAAUGGUGAACCACAAUUAGUACAAAUCAUGUUUAAGUGAAAUAGAGCCAACUUUUAAAAAAAAUAUUUUGCUUUGGUGCCUGAAUGCAGUCAAAUGUUCUGAAUUUUUUCUUCUGGAACACUGUUCACCAUAGAACUCUUUUUAUGGUUGGUGAAUUCUUGCUCCUAACUCCUGUUCAGUAAAUAGUGGCUGCUGUAUUUGGAUCAUUUUGAAAUGCUGACAAAAGAUCAAAAUGGCAGUUUAAGACUGUUUUUUCUGGAAGAAGAUGAAAAACAUUAAAUACUUGCAUACUAAAUUA